GCGAGAACGGACGAAUCCUGGCCACCCCUACGGCAUCUUUUGCCAUACGGCAUCAACCGUGACCCCUUCGACUUUUCCUCUGCGAAGGAGGUGGCCCAUGGUCCGAUAUAAAAACCACUUGCGCCCGUUCUGCACGUGUAAACCCCAACUUGUCGGCUUGUAGUGGUGUCGCGCCCUCAGUUAUAGGACCGUUUCUCUCCUUCCUCCAUCGCCUACAAAGUCUCCGAGGCUUGAUCUCGACCCAUCAUUGCACCGUCUAGACGCACGUCAUACAUCGCGUCAGGAACGGCUUCCGUUAGUUAUAGUCAGGCCAAACCGACAGACAGCGUCUGCGACCCUUUUCAGUUACGCAACAAUCCGCCGCCUCUCACUUUGGUCCAGUGAGAUAUACCCACGACCUGCAUCUCAGAGAUCGCCCGCCGUCUCUUUUUUUCCGACUCGGCCCAGACUGCUUAUUCCACAGGACCCUUGCUAGUGUCCGGCUUCUCUUUGGUGGUGUGGUCCGGCCUAGUUGUCCGCCUCUUCUUAGCCGUCCUUGCCCCGUAUCGUUAGUCUCGCGCUAUAGCUGUCCGGCGUUUGUUAUAAGUUUGAGACGUGGGAACCUCCAUCCCGAGCCAAGUCUAUCCCAACAUGUCACACCAUACCAACAGCACGACGAAUAACACGGACCGUACUCCCCCCGAGUACUCUCACUCAGAACAAGCACCUGGCCCCGUGCCUUACACAACACAGCAGGAAGGACGCCCUCCCGUCUACCCAGCCGCCCCUGCCCCCGGCCAACCCUACCCGGCCCCGUCUGGAACCCCCGCCUCUGAAUACGGCUACUCGGGCCACCGUGGAAGUACCAGUUUCCCAGACACGAUGAUGGGAUAUCGCUCCUCCCAGAGCCACCCCAGCAAUGGCGUCCCUUCGUCCAACAGCAUGUCGGGUCCUGGACACGCCUAUCCUCAUCCGGCCUAUUCAUCCUACGCGCCUCCUCCUCCCGACGUCACCAGCCCAUACCAGCACAGCGGUCCCAGCGCAGGGCUCUACGCCCAACCCCGUCCCGACUGGGCGACGUAUCAGCAAAACGGUCCCAUGCAGGGCCAUGCCGUCUUCCCCCCUACACAUUCCCCGGCUCCCGCUCAAACUAGGCAGAAUCAGGUUUAUUCGUUUGUUCCUAUCCCCGGUUCCACGCAGCACAAGCGACCACGUCGGCGCUUCGAGGAAAUCGAGCGCAUGUACAAGUGUGGAUGGAAUGGCUGCGAGAAGGCUUAUGGUACACUCAACCAUCUGAAUGCGCACGUCACCAUGCAGUCGCAUGGAACGAAACGGACUCCUGAAGAGUUCAAGGAGAUUCGCAAGGAGUGGAAGGCGCGCAAAAAGGAGGAGGAAGCGCAACGCAAGGCUGCCGAGGAACGAGCACGCGCUGCCUCCACCUCCCAAUCAACACAGAGUACCGACAACAGCUCCUAUGCCGCGAGAGGCGCCGUCCAACUUCCACCAAUUGGUUCCAACACGCCAGUGUCGCAGUACCCCCUACCAGAAUACAAUGGCCCGGCAUACCAGAACUACCCUCCCGGCUCUGGUUCCCCCUACCACCCCAACGGCUAUAGCACAGCUCAACAUGCCAAUGGGCAGGCUUAGUAGUGUAUUCUUCUCGUGGUGAUUAAGAGUCCCCACAUCGGAAAGAGAGAGUGUUUGUGAACGACACGAAUCGAUACUGGUCCUCCGGAGGCGUUGAGGUUUUAAGGCGUUGAGGAAAAUAUCCAGAACUAUUCUGUACGCUGUUACGAUAUUGGUGUGCUGCAUUUUGUCACUGUUUGGAUGUAAGAGAAAGAGGGUGUUACGAUGGAUGAGGCAACUCGAGCAAUGCUCGAAUGGCUGGUGUAAUAUUUGUUUAUGGGCUGGUGUAACAAGAACCUUUUCCUAUGCAUUCUUCCGGUACUAUACCUUUUCAUUAUAUCGGCUUUCGGGGUUUCAUUUGGGUUGCAUGUUAGAAGGUGCAUGGGGAGCGGGGGUUGGAGCGGUCAAAAAUGAAAGGCGAAGAUACCUACCUGUACGUUGUCAGUCCCUGAACUGGGACAAAAAGCACUCAAAGAAGUGCGCCGUGAAGAGAAAGGUGUUUGAAACUUC